UCUCUGUCGUAAAAAAAAGAAUUAAAAGCCUAUUUUAGGAUAUCUAAGUUGUCCAGCUUCUAGUCGAAUGAGAACUGUGGAUCUACGACAGAGAUUCGAACCCGAAUCAUUCUGAGUACGGAGUAGUAAUGCUAAUAACUACCCUUUGUUGAAACCAAAGAAAGAAAAAAGCCGGGGAGAAACAACACUAGAGCCAAAUGGGGGAAAUUUGUAAUGAAUGACGUCUACGAGGUGAAGUAAGAGACUUGAAGGAAGCCUCAUUUCGCUCACGAGGAAAAGACUUGGGGAAGGAAGUUGCAGUGUUCGGUUUAAAUAGUCGGCAUUCACGUCAGCACAGCGCUGUGGUGAAAAUGGUAUUGUCGAGAAGAGCUUUUAGCCGCUUGAUGUGCUUGCUGGGUUCUUUCGCCUUCGGAUACCGCCGCUACUUUGAGGACAGGGACUCCCUCAGGUAUAGACACUGUUUCUUGGAAGGGCUGCAAUGUGUGGACUUGCCACGGUGUCCUCCAAUCGCUCGAGCUGUGUACCAGAAUCCUACACUUCCUUUCGCGCUGAUACAACUUAGAGAGUAUAUUUGUGGUCUGAACCGUGGGACUGUUCAAGUGUGUUGCCAUAGCAACUCUGUAAUUUACCCCACGCCCAAACCACGAGAUAAAGAAAUGCUGCCGGACACUUCCAUUAUUAGCCACCCAAACUUCAACCUGAUCAACAGGAACUGUGGCUUAGGACUCACAGACCGCAUUGUGGGCGGUAUGAGCGCACUUCCCGGAGAGUUCCCUUGGUUGGUGGCUCUUCAGUACGAAGUGUUCGGCGAGCUGCAGUAUCUGUGUGGAGGUACUCUCAUCUCGGAUUCGUACGUCCUGACAGCAGCGCACUGCAUCGCACCCGCAAUCAACAACUCUUCACUGAAACUGGUUAGUUUGCGGCUGGGAGGAUAUAACUUGAGCAGUGAAGAAGAUUGCUUCCCAGACAACAGUAAUGACCCAUGCCUAGGCCCUCCUAGAGACUAUGUCCCUUCUGAACUUGUGGUUCACUCUGGGUUCAACCCAAACGACAAAACAAAGUUCAGGAACGACGUCGCACUCAUCAGGCUGCAGACUAAAGUGGAGCUCUCAGAAUACAUCAGUCCUGUGUGUUUACCAGUUCCUGGCCGGCUGACUACAAAAAAAGGCAUUUUAUCUGGCCUUAAUCUUACUGUUGCCGGAUGGGGAAUGACAGAACACAGUCAGAUGAGUAAUGUUAUAAUGAAAGUUCGUGUGCCCUAUUUGGACCCAGAGAUAUGCAAAUACAACUUGCGGGGACGACUGGUACUCAAAGGACAGCUAUGUGCAGGGGGCAAGCCCAAAAUGAAUGCAUGUAAUGGGGACAGUGGUGGCCCUCUCAUAGCCAGUAUUUUAAGCAGUAGCGGCACGAACAUCUGCUACCAAGUUGGUAUUGUGUCUAUUGGCUUUGGAUCAUGUAUCUCAUCAAUGCCGUCUAUCUAUACGGACGUGGAAGACUUCAUACCCUGGAUACUGGACCAUAUACGUGAUUAGGGAAAGCUGUAGUUUCUGAGUUCCUGUAGGUAUAAAGAAUGAUCCAGGGGUUUUGAUGGAAAGAAACAUGAAAUAUUUCACAGUAUUAUAUUAUCUCAAUACAAAAUGACAAAAAACUAGUGACAUGGAUAUUAUUGCAAUGUUUCUUCCUUAAUAAUGUUAUUUUUAUACUUUAUUCAGUUUGCAUGAUUUGCAAUUUAACUUGCUCCCUCUUUACCACCAGUGAAAUGAUUUGUGAAACAUACUGUACAGGUUCUGCUGUGGAGACAUAGGUCAGAUUAAGUUGGUAGUAAAACUGAGCAAAGAUUUUAGAUGGAGGUGAGUGAUAAGAUUAAUGCUAUGACCUUAUCAUCCAUAUAUGUAUUACAGUGUGCAUACAAGAGUGCUAUUCACAGUACAUUUAACGAAUAUGCUUAGUAUUACGUAGGCAAAAUAGCGUAUUGCAGGUGACCCACUAACCAACCCUAACCUAGACAAACUAAUAUCAGGGUUGCCAACGCAAGCGUGAAUGACGUCAUUAGGAUCUAAUUUUGCAACAAGGGGUGGAUGGACGGAAAUUCUUGAAGUUUUGCAUGGAUGUUGUGCCACGUCAAAUUUCACGAAAAACAUAGCGCUUGAUUUGAUAUGCCUUGUAAUUGAGAUGCACGAUAACGUCAAAUUCGUGAGGUUGAGAUUCGGGGCCGGCUCGAACCUCGCCCACCUACAUUAAAAUCUACCUAGACCUUACUACAAUAAGCCGAUGCAUAUAUGCAUAACGAACUUGUGAAUAACUAUCUCUGGACAUAAACUAAGAAAUAUAAUACUUGGAUAUGGAGAAAAAUUGCCUAACACAAAUUGCCUGGCAAAUAAGAAUCUUAAAAUCGUAAUUGCUUUCUACACAGGUUUGUGUAGAAGUGAUCAUACUUUAGAUAAUGUUUUUAUAAUGUACCAUAGUUUUUCUUGUAAUAUCGUAAGAUAUCUGUUAAUAUAUACAAUUAAUUGCACGGUUAUAAUGAAAAUCGUUUAAAAAUACUCUAGUCACAUACUUACGUACGAAAUGUGUUUGGAUUAAUGUUUUCCAUAAUAAUUAAAGUGUUAGGCAGAAGAUGACGCAUUGCUAUUAUUCCUUAUAUCGACUGACAAGCGACUUUAUGAACGCCGUUAAGUAAAUACGCAUUCUUGCCCCUUCUGGAAAUCAUACAUAACAGAGUAUUGAGAAACGCAUGUGAAAGGUUUAGAUUCGGCGAGUUUCUGUGUUUGAAUGGUGCCUUGACUUCAGUGAAAUUUAAUUAGUAUUGAUUUUGCUUAUAGCAAAGAUGAAAGUUUUCAAUACUUACACCAAAAGAAAGUGAAGUUCAGAAGACUUGUGCUCGAAGAAUGAAUAAAAAUCUCUUUUUCAAUGGAUAGGAUACUGAAUAAGCUGCAGAGCCAGUCAGAUGUUUUAAAUCAUGUCCCUGCAGGAAAUAGAAUUUUGGUACUGCAGUUAGCUUUAUAAGAACAGGCUGCCUGGAACUAGGUUGAUGAUACUUAUGCCCGUGUUCAGUCCUUUCAGGAAUUUGGGUAUGGAGUAAGUUCCUCAACCAGAACAUAUUUUUGCCUUCAUUUCUUGGAUUCCAGUCCACAGAACUGAGUUCCAAAAGUGCCUGUGUAAAAAAAAUUUCAAUACAAAUGACAUAAGAUUAUUUUGGUACAUUGCUUCAGCCUCCUUGAACAUUAAGCAAUACAUAUUUUUGUGUAUCCUUUCUUGAAAUGCAUUAAAUUAAUGUACGGGGAGGUAUGCCUUCCUUGUUUGCCUUUACAUCUGUCUACCCACAAGUAACAUCAUGCAAAUUAAUCAGUAGGUUUCAGUAACAUUUUAUAGACUGGGUCUAACCUAAAAGUACAAGACAAUUUUUUUUGCAUUGAUUCAGUAUCAAAAUGUAUCUCAAACAAUACUUAUCCAUUUUCUCAAACAUAACUCAUCCUACAAGAAAUUGGUAUAUUACAUGAAUGCCAUAUCUCAUUGAUAUCUACAGCUUUUGUUUUGGACAGUCUCCUUUGUAAUGUAUACUUAACUAAAUACUAAUAAAACAUAAAUUAUCUUUGUCUUACUCUCAGUACAGUGUCAUACCUGUGCUACUGACUAGCCUUGCAACAAAAUAAAUUAAUCUCAAGGCCAGUGAGAUGCGGCAAACUUCAGAUGCAUUUAGAAUGUAUGUGAACUUCACUGGAGUAAACAGAAUACACUUUUCCUCUCAUUUCAUCCAUAAAGUUGGAUGUUGAACAGAUUAAAUAAGAACCAAAGUAAAAAUUGUAACAAAAUUAUUUAUUUUAUACAUACUGUAAUACAGCAAUAUAAGAGAGAUGGAUUAUCAUUAAUUCUAAGAAAAGCAAUGGCAAUACAAAUAAAUAAUGUUUUGUAUAUUAUAUACAUAGUGUACACAAAUUGAAUUGAAUAAUAAUAGAAUCUUAUCACUGUUUA